GGCAGUGCUGCUGGGUCUGUGCACAGAUCUCCCCAGAUGGAAUUGCAGGAGUCCCAGGAGAUGAGGCCAAGACCCAGCAGCAGCAGCCAGGAGAAGACCCCGGAGCAUGCAGGCCUUCCACUGAGUCAGGCCAAGGAGACAGAUCAUCCCAGCAGUCCUGGUCUUAGGAGUGACAAAGAGUGGAGGGACAGCUUUGGAAAGACCCACGCUGAAUUGUGCAGAUUGGCUAAAGAGAACUUAGAGCUGAAGAAAAUGGAGAUUUUGAUGGAAGAGAUGAAGAGGAGACAAAAUGAAAAAUCCUUGCAGCUUCCUCCAGAGACAUUUGAGCCUGGAGAUGCAGCUGAAGCAAGCUUCAGCCUACCACCUAUCAAUGGCACAGCUCCCAGUGUACAGAGAAAAGACCCUGGUAGCGCCAUGAAGAAAACGGUCGUGAGAAAGCAGGACACGGUGCCCUUACAGCCCAGUACGCCCACCCUCCCUGGAGAUGGCAGCUUCCCACGCAGCUCCUCGGAGACCUCGCAGACAGCCACUGGUGCCCUGCGCCGAGAGGAGCCGCUCCAUGGGCACAGGCAGAAGGACAGAGCCUUUUCAGACCCACAGCAGGCCUUGCAGGAGGCACUGUCCUUGCUGGGCAGCGACGACUGGGAACGGAAGAAGAAGGGACUCUUGAACAUCACACUGCUGGCUGAGUCCCAUUCACAAGUCCUGCUCUGUCGACUUCGUGAGAUUUGCUUGGCAGUUACCAGAGAGGUGACCAACCUCCGGUCCAACGUGUCCUGCUCUGCAAUUGUCACUCUGGGAGAGCUCUUUGCGAUCUUGGGGAAGGACAUGGACUCCGAGGUGGAUCAGAUUGCUGCAGUCCUUCUCCACAUGUUGCGGAAUUCCCCAGAGUUUAUUCAGAAGGCAGCCUGUCAGAGCCUGGGCAUGAUGGUAGAGAACGUGACUCCUACACGAGCAAUGACUGCUCUCAUGGACAAUGGAGUCAAGAGCCGCUACGUCCCGGCACGGAAGUGUACGGCCCAACUCCUCCUGUCCUUGAUGGAGAAAAUGGGAGUCACGAAGCUUGCAGGCACACCCAGGGCUGAGAGGCUGGCACAGGUGGCAGGGACACUUGCUCAGGACAGUCACAAGGACACGAGGCAUUAUGGACAGGAGAUGGUGAAGAUGUUGCUUAGUAAUCAAAAAUUUAAAAAGCUUUUGGAACAAUCUCUUUCCACGCAUGACCUGGAAGAUAUCCUGAAGAGAAUUAAGAAGAAAGAAUACUGCCCUGCUGUCAAGCCCUGUGGAGCUGGAAGAAGCUUGGGGAUGGAAAACAACAAGGCUGAACUCCCACCUGUGCAGGAGCCAGUGAAGAAGAGGAAUGAAGGCUCCCAGAAGCCCCAGGCCACAUCACCUCCUAGCAAACGGGCAAAGUCUGCCACUGGUGGAUGCCGCCUACACCGUGCAAGAGCCCAGGUCACAUUACCUGCAUCUGUGGAAGAAAGGGAGCUGCUCCAGAAGCUUUACCAUCUCCUGGAAGCCAAGGCGUUCCAGACACGGAUGGAAGGAGUGGCACUCCUCCUAGACCUGUCCAAAACCAGACCCCAGCUGAUCUCCACUAACAUUGUCCAAAUGUUUGAUUAUUUUGGCCUGAGAAUCUGUGACACACAUAAGAAAGUGAAGCAGAAGGCGCUGGAGGCGCUGGCAGAAAUCAUAGGACUGCUGCAGGAUGCCAUGAACCCAUUGAUGAUCCGUUUGGUUGAAGGCAUAACAAAGAACCUAAACUCAAAGGAUCCCGGGGUUCAUGCUGCAGCUAUGACGGCUCUGGACCAAUCUGUUGUGCAUUUAGAUGAAGUAUCACUGAUGAAAGAGCUCUGCCACCAAUGGAGACGACUGAGUGGCCAAGCUCUGCUGGAUGUCACGGAGCGUAUCACAGUGCUUGUGGAAUGGGCUCAUGCCAGGAGCCCUGAAGCGGUCGAGCGCUACGCCCUGCCCGUGCUCUGGUCCUGCCUGGAGAACAAGGCGCUGCCUGUGCGAAGCGCCAACGUCUGUGCUGUGGUCACCAAGCUGGCCUGUGCCCUCUGCGAGGCACUGGGCAGCCAGAUCAUUAAGUUUGCUGACAGCACACCUCCACACGUGCAGGAAAACCUCAACAGCCUUCUGGGCUGGUGAAGGUUUGAUGUUCUCCAGAAAGCGGACAAGUUUCUGAGCUGGACACCACCGGACGUGACUUUUCAGCUGUGCCAGAAAUGACAAAAUACUAAGGAAGGGUGUGCAUCUGCCCCCACUCUGUUAUCAGCAUUGCCCUUCCUAGUCAUGACAUGGGGGGCCUCAAGCAGACUGAUGACAAGGUAAAGAUGAAGUAUGGAUCAGCCUCAAGUGAACCUAGACUGAGGAAAAGGUGAAGACUAAGCAUGGAUCAGCCUGAAGCAACUGCAGACAGAGGACAAGGUGAAGACCAAGCAUGGAUCUGCCUCACACAGAGAUACGACUGGCUACAGUCUUUCCAAGAAGUUUUCUCUGGACAUUUCUGAUAUUCCCUUACCAAGAAAGUCCUUGCCUCCAGUCCAGAAGCGCUCUUACCUCCAAGAUCAGGAAGAAGCUGCCAACUGUCCAAAGAAUGUUUCAAGAAUAGGAUUUAGGCUUUAGGAUUAUCAAGAAGAGGAUUCAUUAAGAAUAGGAUUCAUCAAGAAAAGUAUUCAUCAACUAUAGGAUUCAUCAAGAAUAGGAUUCAUCAACUAUAGGAUUCAUCAAGAAUAGGAUUCAUCAACUAUAGGAUUCAUCAACAAUAGGAGUUAGGAUUUUGGAAUAGGUUUAGGCUUCAUAGUU